AUACGUGUCAUCAGAUUAAGAGCUGAAACUCUGCAAUCCACCUCCGUCUCCGCUAUCACCUCCUCUCUCCUCCUUCCUUCUUCUUUUGAAGACAUAACCGCUAAUGUUAGCUUCUUCCAGGCCCCUCUUCAGAGUGGAUCGGUUUCUGAAAUUUACAACUGCAUAUGAUGCACUGAAGCCAGUAAAUUGCUUCCUAAAAAAGAUUUCCUUCGGCUGCUCGACGGAUAAGCGAUUAUUUCAUUGGAAAGAGAAACUAAUGGAGGACACUGUGAGUAUCGCGGUUUGAGUUACAAUAUCGAAAUGAGUGGUAGAAAAGAUAAGCAAACUGUCGGGGACCGUAACAAAAAGCUCAGAACAACUAAUGCUGUGUGGAGACCAGUCAGUACUCAAGCUAGUUCCAAUGAAGAAUGCUCUGUGAAGGAGGUCACAGAAAAGCUGGAAUCUGAAACUCAAGUGCAAGAAGUGCACGAAUGCACUUCUACGAGAAUUUCAAGUUUGGAGAAUGUCAUAGAGGUGGCUGCAACUAACCUCGAUGCUGGUUCCAGUGCAUCACAAGAUACUGGAGAAGAUAAAGUCUUUGGAGGAGAGCAAGUGGUUUCUACUGAAAAGCAUUCAAUUUCAGUUGAGGUUGGUGCUUCUUUGUUUCGCUUUGUCAGAGGAAAAUGGGGAUUGACACAGAAACAGAUUGAGGACGAGAUGGGAGUUAAAAUUAGAAUCCCUUUGUCAAGGGAGGAGGAUUCACUAACUAUUGAAGGCAAUUCAGUUGAAAGUAUAUCUAGAGCUUCUGAGAAGAUAAAAUCUAUAGUUGACCAGGCAGUUAAAAGCUCAAAUCUCGAUUAUUCUCACUUCAUUUCACUUCCAUUGGCAAUACAUCCUGAAUUAGUUGAUAAGCUCGUCAACUUUCAGAACUCAAUCCUGGGAAUUAGUGAUUCUGGUGUAGAUGAUAAUCUGGAUAGUAAUUCAAAUGAAGAGAAUUCUGAGAGUGAAGGUGAAGACCAAAGACCCGAUGUCGCAGUUGAACUUAAAGUUGAAGGUGACCGUCAACAUGUUAAAGUGAAUCUAACCAACAUACCUCUUGUCAGUUAUGCGCUUCAAUCAUCAAAGGCGGCUACCCUAUCUGACUUGGGGAUUGAAAAGUCAAUAUUCAUUAAACCAAAAACGUUUCACUUAACUGUGCUUAUGCUGAAGUUGUGGAACAAGGACCGAGUUCAUGCUGCUACUGAGGUUUUGCAGAGAAUCUCUUCAAAAGUGAUUGAAGCCUUAGAUAAUCGCCCUGUCUCCAUAAGACUGAAGGGACUGAAUUGUAUGAGAGGUUCUUUGGCCAAAGCUGGUGUUGUCUAUGCUCCAGUUGAAGAAAUUGGCAGUGAGGGACGACUUCUGCGUGCCUGUCAAGUCAUCAUCGAUGCAUAUAUUGAAGCCGGGCUUGUUUUAGAGAAAGAUGCUAAACAGAAAUUAAAGUUGCAUGCAACCGUGAUGAAUGCAAGGCACAGCAAAAGGAAGAAGGGAACGAGAAAGGUUAAUUCCUUUGAUGCGCGUGGCAUUUUCAAGCAAUAUGGAUCGGAGGAAUGGGGAGAGUAUCUUAUCCGAGAAGCUCAUCUUUCACAGAGGGACAUGUCGAACUUGAACAAGCUCGAUUUCACUACUCUGGAAGUAUCUGGAAGAAACUACCUGAAGUGGGUUCAAGACGUGAAGCUUCAUCUUACUGCAAAGGGUAUUAGAGCCACCAUCGAGGCACCUAUCGUCGACAAACAAGUCGAUGAAGCUUAGAAAGCUAAUGCAAUGAUCUUUAUUCGAAGACAUAUAUAUGAUGCACUGCAGACCAAAUACCUUGCUGAAGAAGACCCAUGCACCCUCUAGCUUGCCCUGGCUGACCGUUUCGAUCACCAUAAAGACAUCUACUUGCCUGAAGCAAGACACGACUGACAUCAUCGCUUCCAAGACUUUAAGUCCAUGAAUGAAUACAACUCUGAAGUUUGUAGAAUCCGAUCACUUCUGAAGUUCUGUAAAGUGGAACUAACCGAAUUAGAUCUCCUGGAAAAGACCUAUUCGACCUUCCAUGCCACCAAUAUUGUCCUAUAGCAACAAUAUAAGGCACAUAAAUUCACCAAAUUUUUGGA